UAUAUAAGACGGGAAACAACAUGACAAAAACACUUCAAUUUCUACUGAACCCCGGCUGUGCAGCACCUUGAAUCUGAGAGCUGGGACCUGUUUUAUUCCAAAAGAUAAUGAAGACCCUUUCUGCACCUCGGUCCAGGUCCCUGUGUUUGGCUCUUCUGCUGUCAGGCGUGCUGUCUUCUGGAUACACUCUCCCUCACCUCCGCAGCUUAGACAGCUCCAGCCUCUCUUCAUCUCCAAUCAGUGAAGAUAAUGAUUCUCCAAGACGCCACACCCAGUGGGAGGUGCUCUACCCUUCCAUCUCCCUUCGUGAUUGGAGCGUUCAAAUGAUGUCCCCACCGGAACUCCCCGCCCCCAAGCUCAAACCCCGCAUCCUAUCUGCUCUGGCCUGGCUGCCCAGCAGUCAAACAGAAGAGUCGUCCCUGGUCCGAGAAGCAGGGUUGGGCAAGAGCUGGCCCUCUGAUUGGUCAGCACAGGCUGCCGACGCGGAAAAGAGGAAUAUAGUGGUAGCAGAUGACGCAGCGUUUAGAGAAAAAAGCAAACUACUGACAGCCAUGGAGAGACAGAAAUGGCUCAACUCCUACAUGCAGAAACUGCUGGUCGUCAAUUCACAGUAAAAACAACAGCAUAUUUCAUACAAAACCACUGAUUUCUUCACCUGUCCUUUUCAUUUUAGGUUUAUUUUAUAAUAAUAAAAAUCUCAGUAAAUAAAAGUAAGUUGAGUUAUAUG